AUGAAGGUAUUGCGAAGCGAAACUGGACUGCAAAGCUACCUCGACAGGAACAAUAACUCCCUUGCUCCUCCAGGAGCGACAUCUGUCGGCGUGUACUUCCAAUUUGCCCAUGCAGACGACGACAGUGAAGACGAACCUGGCCGAGUGGUGGCGAUCGGUAUCUCCACGUGUGACCCUGAUGAAGAGGCACUUGUGCUGUGGUUACGAUCACUCAGCAGUAAACGAGUGAGUAGGGGACUGAAAGCUUUACUAGGUGAUUCUACAGUCACCAAAGUGAUGUACAAUGUCCAUCGCACCGCGUACUGGCUCGAUAGCUUCGGCUUACACAGUCCUCAGCUCCACAAUUGCAUUGACUUGCAGCUGUUGUUUCGAAGUCCAGGUAAAGCUGCUGUGUCAAAGGCGAGUAUCCUGGACAUCAUCAAUCGCUGCUUCCAGAACUCUGCUACACAGCUAGCGCAGACUACGUGUUCAUUUAAGGCAAGCAUGAGUUCAUUGAGCCCAGCAAAGUGGACAGGUAGAGGGAUCCCGAUGACGCAGCUUCAACCGGUGGUUCGAACCGCAGAGCUGUAUGCAAGUUGUUAUGAAGGGAGCCGGGCCGAGCUCUUCAUUAACGCAAACUGUGCAGCGAUGACAAGCCUUCGGUGGAAAUUUGCCGCUACGAACAAGGGAUGUCCGGCAAUUUGGUUUGAUCCGGAGCUCGACAAUCAACCGCGCAGUCUCGAGUGUCUGGUAUCGCCGCAUGGUGGAAUAGUCACAGCAGUUCAAGUCCCCAACCUCGAGCUCGAGUGUGACCUCAAUUCCCUCCUCAGUCUCCUGCCGGUGUCGUACAGAACUGCCAUUCUCGCACUUGAUAAUUACCGUGACCUCGUUGAUAUCUGCAUCGAUACGGGUCGCGUUCCAAUCGCAUACACUGGGCGAAAACAGCGCGUCCAGCUCUGUUCGGACGGCACGGUCGUGCCCAAGACUCUUAUCGACGAGAUCCUCCUGAAUCUCGGCGGCGAAGAGCGCAUUGGCAGUGACAACCGAGCUGGCAUUGAUGGACAACUGCACCGCAUCUCCGUCCUACGCAGCAAACGUAACGAAGUAUACGGCUUCACUAUGCGUGUGGGUCGAGCCCUGCGCAAUGCUGCGUGCGUGUUAACUGACUUGUUACUUAGUCAGCGUCACGCUACCAAGUCCGUGCUCGUGCUCGGCUACCCAGGAUGUGGGAAGACGACACUGAUCCGAGACAUGGCCAGGUGCGUGGCCGAGUCGAUGGAAAACGUGUGCAUUAUCGACACGUCGAACGAGAUUGGCGGCGACGGUCUCGUGCCGCACGCGUGCGUGGGGUGGGCACGCCGUAUGAUGGUUCGCUCGCUCGAGGCCCAAGCGAGUGUGAUGAUUGAGUGCGUCCAGAACCACACUGUGGAGACGUUAGUCGUGGACGAGAUUGGUCGGAAGGCCGAGGUCUUGGCAGCAUCAACGGUGCGACAGCGUGGGCCAAGGAUCAUUGCCAGUGCCCACGGUGACUUUCGAGCUUUGGUGCAGAACGCUGAUCUAAAAGGACUCGUUGGCGGGUCGCAGCAAGUUACACUAGGGGAUGCAUUGGCCAAGGUCUCAUCCAACAAGAACAAGGUCCAGACUCAGCGAGCGGGGAAGCCGAUUUUCGACGUCAUUGUCGAGCUCGAUCCAAGUGUGCGCGGUCGGUGUCGCAUCAUUUGGGACGUGGCUGCAGCGGUCGAUACUGUACUGGAAGGCGCGAGGGACUACGUCGUGGAGACCCGUCAAUGGGAUAUGACGACGCGAGGGGUUCAGAUGCUGUCGUGA